GGCGGUUCGGCGCCUCGCAACCACCCUCUGGGUACCCCUCCCUGGACGGUACGGCCGCGUGGGACAACGUCAGCGUUGCGGAUACGGAGCCGCUGCCGGGUGCGCCCUCGGAUCGCCGCGGGGGCCGGCGGGGCGGUCGGCGGCGCAACGGGGGGCUGCUGGGCCUGGUACGGCACGUGGUCGGGUUUGUGGGUGUGUCGGUGCUGAGCGGGGCGGCCAUGGCGCUCGGGGCGGCGGCAGUCAACACGGGUCUGGACGAGCAAGAAGCGGCGCAGAGGGCUCGCAGUCGUGGGCCCAAGCGGGUGGGCCGAGGCGGUGGCGGCGACAUGAUCCCUCAGAGCACGCUGCAGCAGCUCCGCAGCCCCGAUCUGCUGGCGCUGGGCAGGGGAUAACUCUUGGUGAUGGUGUUGGUUCGCAGCCAGUGGCAAGCAUGGAAAGCUUUAAAUCGAAGGGAAGGGAGGAGGACUCUGAAGGGGGAAGAGGGUAUCCUGGUACGGCGGCCGCGUGUUCCUCAGCGGAAGGGGUCAAUGCGCGCCGUGUAAUGAUGGGGUUGGAUGUGCGGACUGCAGAGGUGGUGGGAAGAGGUUGGAUGGUGGUAAGGGGCCGAGAGGUAGGUGCGUUGGUAUUUGGAAAGGGCCGAGAGGUAGGUGCGUUGUACCGUACGCGUGUGGUUGUGCAUGGCUUUCUGUGAUGUGACAAGCGUUGUGUGAGAAGCAUACUUGUUUGCCAAUGUGGUUGCUGUUGAAGGCUUGUAGUUGGCUGUGUUGCUGUCAUCAACGGCACCCCGUAGCGCAGGUGGGCUAGCAUGUUGGCGUCUUGGCUGUUACAUUAUUGAGGAUUGUAGUUGCUGUGGUGUAGGUGCUUUGCUGUUGUCUCUCUGUCCGGCUGCCGUUCUACUACCGGGGGAGGGAACGUUGAGGGAACGUUGAGGGCCUGUUUUGGAAGCUGUGAGGGAAUGGACAGCUCAUACUGGAGCACUCUUAUGUAACACUUAUCCG